CUUCAUUGCUGACCUCGGGAAACGCGCAGGCCAUGAGGAAUACCCAUCCAAGUUCGAUGUGGACAUGGAGACGCGAAUGCUGGGCUCAGUGAAGCCGUACAGGCGAAUGGUCGUGAUCUCGACAGGCAAGGCCGACUGGGCGCGCGAGGUCACAGACGUGAAGGGCACCCUCGCUUCCUACCUCAGCAGCGUGCACCAUGCGAAGCCGCACGGAGACCACCACCAUCAUCAUGCGAAGGCAGCGAAGUCAGUCGACGGCGUGUUCGCCGCUGAGACCGCAGGGCGCUUGUCCGUGCUCAACGGCAGCCACGACACCCUGAGCGAUGACCACCAACGCGAGACUGUGCUCGUCUUCCCGGACUACACGAUCGUCACGGGCGUGGCACCGACGCAGGCGGACGCGCAGGCGUUCUACGACUCCGCUCUCGCACCCGACGCGCACAUCGGCAAUGCUACGGGCGAAAUGAAGACCUGGGUCAUCCCGUACAGCUGUGUCAUUCUACUCUGCUCGCACAAGCGCCGCGACAACCGCUGCCACAUCGCCGCGAAGACACUCGAGAGCAGCUUCUGCAACGCUUUGACCAAAGAAGGUUGGCAGGUCGACACGCGACUGGAGGACCCGACAGCGCAUAUGGGCAGCGACCCGCUUGAAGCCUUCUCUGGCUCUGCUGAGGAGAAGGAGGCACACGUGAAGCAGCAGCUCAAGGGCCUGCAGUCCGAGAAGCGCGCGCUGAUCCUGAAGAACUCGCACAUAGGCGGGCACAGAUACGCAGGUAAUGCGAUUCUCUGCCUACCCGCGGGACAGAGCGUCUGGUACGGACGAGUUACACCGCACGAGGUCGAUGCUAUCGUCGCGCAGACUAUCGAGGGUGGCAAGAUCCUUGCUCCUCUGUUGCGUGGGGGCAACAAUAUCGCGAGACCAGGGUGCAAGUCGUUGCAUGAGUGGUAGAGGGAGGCGUUACUAGACGAGGUCGGGAUGUAUGUUAUCGCAUCACAGUCAAUAGAGCGUAUCUGGGCAUCGUUCGGUG